GAUUUUGGGCUCUUGGAGCGGACAUAACCACAGUUUGGGGACUUGCAGCAACGACGCGCAGAUGUCAGCAGUCGCAGUAAGUAAAAAGAUUUAAUUAAAAUCCUGCCCUCCAACGCCACGCCCCAAUCCAGCCACAAGUGAGGCUAUGCUCGGUCUGGCCGGCUAACCUUCAAAGACCUGUCAAUUGGCGUCGGUCUGUUUGGAAAACUUCGAAAAAAACCCAGAUUUCCGGCCUAAAAAUGGUCAAGUUGACCGCUGAACUGAUCCAGAACUCGAUGCAGUACGUGAAUCCGGUCAAAGACCGGGAGCUGGACCUGCGAGGCUACCGGAUCCCCGAGAUCGAGAACCUGGGGGCCACCGGCGACCAGUUCGAUACGCUUGACUUCUCCGACAACGACAUUCGGAAGCUUGACGGGUUUCCCUACCUGAAACGGCUGAAGUGCUUGCUGUUGAACAACAACCGGAUUGUCCGCAUCGCCGACCAUCUGGACGAGUACAUUCCCAACUUGGAGUCGCUGAUUUUGACGGGCAACCAGCUGGAGGACCUGGGGGACGUGGAGACGCUCCUCUCCCUGGAGAAGCUGACCACGCUCAGCCUGCUGCACAACCCGAUCACCGCCAAGCAGCACUAUCGGCUCUACUUGAUCUACAAGCUGCCGCAGCUGAAGCUGCUCGACUUCCGGAAGAUCCGGCAGAAGGAGCGCGACGAGGCCAAGCAGCUGUUCAAGAGCAAAAAGGGCAAGGAGAUCCAGAAGGACAUCCUGAAACGGUCCAAGACUUUUGUGCCGGGCGGCAACAUGCACAACAUCGCCAAAAGCAGAGGGCUGAGCGAUGAGGAGAUCAGGAAAAUCAGGGAGGCCAUCAACAACGCCAACUCCCUAGAGGAAGUGGAACGGCUGCAGAAGAUCCUCCAAUCGGGGCACAUUCCUGGCCAGGAACCCGCUGAUGUGCCCAAUGGGGGCUCAGCGAUGGAGGUGGAUUGAGUGAGGCCCCACUCAGGCUCGCGCCAACCGGGCACAUUCUCUCCAUCAGGUAAGAUUUGCUAAGUUAAGGCGUCGCACUGUUAAGCUGAUAAGAAUGUGUCUGGUCUGACCUGGUUGAGAAGCGAUAACCCAACCGAAACCAAUUUUUUUCUGUAAUAAAUCCAAAAAUUCCACAACA